CAAACGUCCUCAUUGAUUUGUGUAUUUAAUAUUGUAUCAGUACUCCAAUUACCUGUAAUUGUAAAGCUGUUAAUUAAAAAGUUGUGCUACUAUGGAUUCUUUACUACACUCUUGAUAUAUUUUCUUCAAUGUCCUUUAGCAUCUGAAAAGAAAAAAACAGCACAAUUGAAGCAAAAAGAUGAAAAAAGUAAAAAAGAAGAAAGGAAAACAAGAGAAGCAGAAAAAUCAAAAGAGAAAUUGAUAUCCAAAACAGAUAAGAAGAAGAAAACAUUGAACGUAAAUGACUACAAAUCUAAAGACCAUGAGAACAAGCAUAAACAUUUUAUGAAUAUAAUUGAUAAAGGUGCGGACAGAAAAAAGGAAAGAACAGAAUGUGAACGACCAAUUAGACCAGAGACAUCCAAGAAGAAACCUAUCAAGCAACCUAUGAAUUUUAAAGAACUUAUGGAUUUAGCUAAAAGAAAACAAAAUGGUGAAGUUAUUAUUGACAAGACCACUGCAAAAUCGGAGAAUGUGGAUGUCAAAAAGCAGACAAGCUCAGUUAAUUCCUCUUCAAAGAAAAAUACUAAUUUUGACACACAAAAACAUGAAUUUGGGAAAAAAGUCAAGAAAGUUUCUGAUUCGAAAAUUUCACAUGAAUUGGGAAACAAAGUCAAGAAAGUUUCUGAUUCAAAAAUUCCACAUGAUUCAGCCAAAGUUAAAUUAAAAAAUGGACACACUAAAGUAUUAGAAUCACAAGAAAAAGGAAAGGUUGUCAAAGGUAGGCCUAUUAAUAUUAAUAUGAACACUAGUAAGGUGCCGGAUACCAAGGGAAAUGAUCUAUCUUCUGGAAAAGCUAGUGGGCUGAAGAAGUCUUCAGUUGGUCCUGCAAUCAAAGAUAAAGCAAAGUCUAUACAUCCAGGCUCAGGUCAGACAAAGCCUAAGCUUCCACCGCAACAAAGAAGUCAAGUUAGCAGGGUACCUAUGAAACGUACAGCACCGCCGCCAAAAUUAAAAGCAAAACGUGGAAGACUUUGUAGUGAGGAUGAGGAGGACGAAGAUGACGAUUUCAUUGAUGACACUGGAGAAGAUGUUGAUGUGUCAAAAUACAUCCGACAGAUCUUUGGCUAUGAUAAGCGCAACUAUGGAUAUGAAAGUGAAUACGCUUUGAAUAAUAUGGAAGCCAGCUACACCCAAAUAAUGAAGGAAGAGGCACGAAGUACACGUCUAGGGAUAACUGAAGAUUUAGAAGACAUGAGAAAGGAGAAAAUGGAUUUGGCAAGAAAGAAAGCCAAGUCCAAGAGGUGACAGGGGGUGUCGGCUUUCAAGAGACAGUAGGUAGCUUUAAGAUGCACGACAACGAUGAGAUCUAGGCAUAAUGUUAUCGCAUAAUUAAAGUCAUCUGCGCAAACGUUGAGUUCUUUUCAACCUCAAUUCUAGAACAUUUGCCAUAUAUCUACGUUGACCAGAGAAUGCAGUGCGGUCACGAAUGACUGAAUUCGUCGUUAUGCAAUUGUAAGCUGUCUGUCGGUUCAUCACAAGGUCUUCCUCUAUUGUGCGUUUGCUUUAGUGGAGGUUUUUAACAAUGUGUUUAUUUACUUUACUUGAAACAAAAAAAAAUACUUGUGCAAAAUUUAGAGUAUAAAGUAAUAUAUAGGAUAUACUAAAUAUAGGUAAAAAUAAAGCUUGAAAAAAUAUGUGUGCUUUUACAAAAUGACGUCAACGUCAUUAAAAUUGUUCCAUACAGAUUGUAAUGGAUUGCACUAUACUUGCCGCUGUGCUUCAUUAGAUAUAAUGUGUAAAUGUUGGGUUACUAAAAAAGUCCUAAUUGGAUUGUAUGAAAGAUAUAAUUCUGAAUAUUAAAUGUCCGUCAAUACAAACUAUAUUGCGUUCACGUAGCCUAAAGCUAUCAGGAUACAGGUUUUCCAAAAAAAAAAUUAAAUUUUUGUUAUUCAUAUGAUCAGGCAAGACUUUGUUUAUACAGUACCUUGUUAAUUUCAGAAUAAAAUAAAAGUUUUUCUUUCAAGUUUUUUUUUUAUUGUGCCGGCCGCCGCCUUGAAAUCUUUUGAAAUAACAUAUGUAUGUUUUUUCCUAAUUAUUAUUAUUCCUAAUUAUAUAAAUUUUAUUGUUGAAUAUAAAUUCAAUUAAAUUCAAUUCAACUUUUAUUGUCAAACACAGUGAGAACAUGGUUUGAAAUUCUUCUUGUUUGUUCACAGUUAAAAUGUAAGUUAAAACAAGACACAAAAGAUAAAGUCACAGAGGAAACAGCAAAAAUUUAAAAACAAUAAAAGUCUGCUAAAAGGUUAAAAUAAAGAGUGUAAUACUACAAUCUUGACAUUCAACAUUAAACUUCUAUUUUUAUUUUCUCCUCCAUUUAUCCAUUUUAUAAAUAAGGAAACAAAAUUUUAUUUUUAUUUUUUUCCACCCUCCUUUGGUGAUCUUCCAAAAAAUAAGUUUGUGAAACAAGGUAUAAAAAGUCUUGCCUAACAAGGAUAGGAUGUCGUAGCUACAAAAAACAACUACCAUAUUGUUCUUCUAAUGAUAGCAAGGAUAGAAUGUCACUGUUAAAAAAAAUACUUUGGUUUUUUUUUUUUGAUUUUUUUUGUUUUUUUGUUUUUUUCUUUAUCAGUUUAUAUGACUAGAGUGUUCCUCUAUGCCUAGAUCUACUAUGUGUAGACUGCUAUUAUGUGCUCACAUUAUUCUAGUGGAGAACAUGUGACGAAACCUUACAAGUAUCUAACUUAUUGUUCUUUUGUGUUUUUUAUUGCAGUUAUACAUAAAUCUUGUGUCCAAGCGGUUAAUGCAGGGUCACAUUUAUUCUUUAAGACCCCCCUCUUUUAUGGUUUGGUUGGUAAAUAAUAAUAAUCAUAAUAAUAAUAAUGAUAUAGAACGUAUAUGAAGCGUUCUUACCAAGUGUACUCGAUUAGGAACUAUAAACCAUAGGCCUACCCUACAGGAAAUAUAUGUCCACUUUAAACAACCCAGGACAUUCUUCUCACAAACAGGAAGUUACCGAAUGUUCUAAUCCAGCCUAGGCUUUGGACUGCACGUGUGCACAGGAAUUAGUACCUUUGAGGAGUAGAACAUUGUAGAAUUGAUUUUGUCCCAGUUCCUAUAACCGACAAGGAAAAUUGGUGCUAUAUAGUAAAUGUAACAUUUAACAUACAACAUUUUAUAAUGUAUCAGCUAAAAUUUGACCUACAUUAUGGAACAGUAGGUUAGAAUUUUUUUUAAAUACAAUAUAAUGUCAGUGGUGUAUCUAGGGGGUGCGUGGGGGGUGGGGAUGCACACCCCUCCAAAAAUUACUUGAAGCCCCCCCCCCCCCGAAAAAAAUAAUGGUAAAGUAGUUAAAAAUCACCUAAAAUCACCUUAUUUUGUCAAUUAACGCCACUCAACUGAUCAUGGAGCCCCUCCCCCCUUUCACCUUCGCGCCCUCCAUCAGCACCCACAUUUCAAGACUUCUAGAUACGCCACUGAAUGAAGUUACCUAAAUUAAUGAUGUAGUUUUUUAAAGCACAUUAGGCCAAAAUUAUACAAAAUUGAGCAUCAACACAUGCUCUUUCUUUUUAUUAGUUUUAGUUUUUAUGUUGUAUAUUUUUUUGCUAACAGUUGCUAACAGUUUCAACAGUGUACAUGGAUGAAGGCAUCAUUUUU